GGCGUCGCAGCAGCAGCAGGAGCUUAUUAUUAUUAUUAUUAUUAUUAUUAUUAUUAUUAUUAUUAUUAUUAUUAUUAUUAUUAUUAUUAUUAUUAGACAUCUUCCCAUUCUGGAAUUUCCACCGGGAGCAACUCAUCUGGCACCCCCACUUUUAUCCUCGCAGAUAAGAACUCGCAUUGCUGGUUUAAAGGAAAAGGAGGAUACAGACUACGAGUGCCCGCCAUUUGGAGAGAGAUGGGGUGCGCCUUGUCCGCCUCAGGGGUCACGCCGGAUCCAACCAUUUCAGAAGAAAAGAAGUGCCCAUCACUGGAAGGCGGGUUGGACGUGAGCGAGGAAACAGAGCGUCGGUGCGAUGGGGGUGUGCCUGAACCGUUCCCCCUCUCGGAGUCUCAGAAGGAGCUGAUCGAAGAGUCUUGGAAAAUUCUGCACAAAGACAUUGCAAGAGUCGGAAUCAUAGUCUUCAUCAGACUAUUUGAGACCCACCCUGAGUGCAAAGAUGCCUUUUUCCUCUUCCGUGACAUUGAUGACCUGCAGCAGCUGAAGAUGAGCAAGGAACUACAGGCUCACGGCCUCAGAGUGAUGUCGUUCAUUGAGAAGAGCGUGGCCAGGCUGGACCAGAAGGACAAGCUGGAGCACUUGGCCUUCGAUCUCGGCAGGAGCCACUUCCGAUAUAAAGCUCCCCCAAAGUACUAUGAGUACAUUGGUGCUCAAUUCAUCCAAGCUGUCCAGCCCAUUCUAAAAGAAGACUGGACCCCAGAGGUCGAGAAGGCCUGGGAGAGCCUGUUCAGAUACCUGGCAGCCGCCAUGCGGAGAGGGUUCUACAAGGAAGAGAAGAUGAUGGAAGGCAAUCAGUCUCUUCCCUCAAGGAAGGCUGGUGGUGGUGAAUCAACGCCAAACAAAGUCUAGCAAGACUGCUCCACCCUUGAUGCAGCUCGUCGGAUCUUCCCGGAACUUUUCUUGCUCCUCUCUCCUAAGUGCAACUCCCCAAGCACACAAGGAAUUGCUUGCAGCAAUUCCGCCUCUGCUAAAAACUGGGGUUGGUUAAAAAAAAAAAAUCUGGGGGAAGAUUUAGGGGUUCUUAAAAGAGAGACCACACAACCAUAAGGUGAUUUAUAAGAUCUUUAUAAAAACAUGUUGGUAUUUGAAAGGGCUGUUGUGGGAACAGAGCACAGCUUGCAAAGAAACCAUGAGAGGUCCAGGCCUGUUUUUGUUUGAUUACAGACCACACAUGGCUGGGGUACGUCAAUGCUCCCCUGCCAUUUUAGGGGGUUCCCAAUACUGUUUCGAUCACGGUGUUUUCCUUUCCAAAAAAAUAAAGCAAUAGUGCCUCCUGUUGGUGAUUAAAAGAAAAAAUGCACAAUGUACUUCACUUCGCUGUAGUGCUACAUAGAGAACUUCAGCACGUUGUGAAUGAAGUAGCGAAGACUGGCCAGAGUUGUCUCUGUGGGUGGUGUAAAUAGCCAUUAUAAAUGCUUAAAUGGCCACUAAACAGGCCUUGCAAUAGGGAGACAAUGCAGCUGGUCCAGCAUGAGCACUUCUUAAAGUAGGAUGCAACAAUGUAGUUCUACAAUGCAGAGUGUUUCGUGUACUCUGGGUACCUCCCUGAAAAUUAUAACUGCCCCUUAAUUUAGAUCUGUCGAUUGAAAACAGAGUUGAGGGGGAUAUCCUAUGUUCCUUUAUCUUUUAGAAACCUGGUUGGUAACUAGUUCAGCCAGAGGUCCAUGAGUCGUGGAAAACCAAGGUUCUAGUCUGCAUUGCUUCCAAAAUGACCACCCUGUAAUCCCCACUCCCAUUGAGGAGGCCUUUCUUUUGCCUGUGGGGAAGAAUGCAACAACACUUCUCUAGGGGCUUGAUUUGGCCCAAGGAGCAUUGGCACUGACCCAUAGUUUACAGGCUGAGCACUCUCCUGCUGAACCACUUCAUCACUGGAGCACUCAUGUAGACCCUUUAAGCAAAACAGCCCCCGUGAUGAAUGCCAGCAAGGCUCCACACUCUUCUUGCACUAAUACCCUGCUAUUUUGCAAGCCUUUUAUUCAUCAUUUACUUAUUUUAGUUCUCUGUGUGCCCCCUCCUCCUCCAGCACUGGGGUGUAGAGCAAACAAAAUCGAUCAUUGAAAGCAAACAAAAAUGGUGAACACAAUCCCGUUUACUAGCAUUCAUCGUCAAGUCCCUGCAGCAAGUGAGUUAGGUCAUGAGAAGGAAACCAACUUGAAUGUCAGAUGAACUCUUGUAAGAAGGAGCAGGCUACAAAUUUUAGCCCCCACCUCUCCAUCUAGUACAUGGGGACAGACUAUGAGGGGGGUUGUAUAGUAUCUGAAAAGGCUGUUUGGUGAGAAUCUUGAAUCCAGGGCCAGACCAAGAUAGGCAAUCCUCUCAGAAAAGGCAUCCCACUAGCAUUCCUUGCAACGUUGCAUAGGUGCACAAGCGCAAACUUGAUGCAGUCACUGGGAACCUCCUGCUAUGAUGCUGAGACCUGACUUGGUCCCUCUUCAAGGUGCAAUGGGGGGAAAGAGAAAGAUGUGUGCAAAAUUGGCUUCUGUGAUUGGCAGGUGGUAUGAAGCCUCUGGAUCGGACAGCUUGGCCUUCUGCCCUGGCCAGAUCAACCAGCUAGUAUCUGCUCCUUGCUUUGCUUCAGGCUCCCACUUCCCCAUGUCCUCUAGGCUCAUCACAGCCCCUGCUGUGUCCUCUUAACACCCAGCAUCCUCCUCUGACACACGGCAAGGGGAUCUGGGGCACGCCUCUUGGAUCCCACGCUGUUUCAGAAGGGAGUGGCAGAGCACCUCUUUUGGAGGCACGCAGAAAGUCCCAGGUUUCGUUGCCAGCAUCUCCAGUUUAAAAAGGAUCAGGUGACAGGAAAGAUCACAUUCUGCUAGAGGUCUUGGAGAGCCUCUGCCAGUCAGAGUAGAACAAAUUAGAGGUGGGGAAGAAAUUCGAUUCCGUUUGCAUUUAAAGGCAAAGUGACCUAAUUCACACUUUCCGAAAUAAUACACAAACCAAAACAUGGUCAUCCUUUGAAAUUUGCACUUCUUUGAAUUUUACAAUGCAGUUCAACAGCCAAGUCAGCCAAGUCCAUGUGCGCGGAAAUGCAUACCGUAGGGGCAAAGCAGGCAUCAGUUUUUUGUAUUAGUGAAAAUAAAUAACACACAAGCAUGAAUAAUAUUAGGGGAAAUGCUUUGCAACAAUUAUGUAUAUUAGAUAAAAUUGCAUACCAAAAUGUAUAUACUAUGAGAAAUUCACACAAAAAGGCUGAUGAAUUUUCACGAGGACUUAAAAAAAAAUCCGCUAACUGGCGUGAAAAUGUGGGGAACAAGGCUGGAGAAAAUGAGAAACAGAGAGAAACCAAAAUGGAGAUAUUUGCCCCUCCUUAGACAAAAUAGCCUGACCUGGUUUCAGGCCACUUCUUAUCCUUAAAAAGAUUGCUUUGUGUUACUGAUGCUGUCAGACCAGCUUUGCCUGGUCUCCGGAUGUUUCUCUCUGUGCUAUGAGAUGGAGUGUUGGGUAUUUCUUUGAAUCAUCCCAUUUCAGCUGUGAGCAAACAGGGAGCCCCUCAAGCAUUAACAAGCUCAGCGAUUCUAUUCCUUGUGUCUUUUAUUGCCUUCUGCUCUUUUAACAUGCUGUUUUGUAAAUGAUUUGCUUGUGAUUUAGGUAAUUAGGUUGUAUUUCAAUGUACUCUUGCUUUCCCAUGAAUGAUUUAUCUACAGAAUAUUCUCAGAGCAGUUUUCUUUCCAGUGUGGAAAUUCCUCCUUCUCCUGAAUGUUACAUUUAGGGUCACAGUCUCUAGCCAGUGACUCACUCCUAUUGAUGGAUUUAAAAGCAGUUUGAUCGAAUUAAAAAGGUGCAAGUUGCAUCUUAAAAGAGGCUUCCUUCCUGGGUUGGGGAUGGAAGAAAGCCUCUCAUGUGAUGGUGCCUGUUGUUGCAACACAGGGUUCACCCAAAACCAAAGCUGUUUCUUGUUUUUGCUUUUUUAGCUUUCGUAUGCAAUAAUAUAUGUAUUACAAAUUAUUGCAUAAACAUAAUAAAAUUGCAUAAAUCAACAUCAGUGCUAUGAAAUAAAACAACAAACAUCUAAAAUGGCAGGUAACUAAACCAGCGUGAAACCAACCUUAACUGGUUGUUCUGGAGUAAAGUUCACACUUAUAAGUGGAAUGUGUUUCAAAUCAGGUCUGCAGCCAAACCCACGUAAAGUGGAGUGGAGAGUGUUUGAAUUUAAAACACAACAGGGGCAGGAUUUCAGUGAGGCAAUGAAUCCACUCCAGGUUUUUAAAAGCACCUUCAACAGCUCCUUGAAAGUCUGCACUAAAGCCCGGAGCGGAUUCACUGUCCUGACAUUGGAGCCACCAGUCUCCAUUGGCUCAGUGGUAGAGUACUUGCUGUCCGUGUCCAGAUGAAAAGUGCCAGGAGAUGGGAGGUUCACCAAUCCCUGCCCCCCUCAAUGCAAAUUAAAAUGGGAUCCAGUUCACUCAUUAAGAGUUGAUUAUAGAGUCCAGCCCAUUGGGAAGUUCUCCUGCACAAACCUCAUUGAAAUGAAGGGGGAAUCCCUUUUUUUUUUUCAGACACUCUGGCACAGGAGAACUUCCCAGUGGAAUGCACCUAUGAUGAUUCAGAUCUGCCUGCCUCCCACCCAUCUGUCUUUAUCAGCUUCCCAAGUUCCCCCCUCCCCUGCAGGCAUGCAUGCACAUACACACACAGUCACUUGACCUUUUUUUUUUGCAGAAGGCACCUCUGCUUCCUCCAGAUAGUAUCACUCCCUUCUCUGCUGUUUCUGGGCCCUCCAGCUAUCAAAGGGGCACUUUCCCCUUCCAUCACUCUUUAUCAUUUGUAAUUUGAGCAAGAUAUAUCUUUGGGGCUUUGCGUUUCCCCCGAUGAAGCUUCUGUACUAUAA